AUGUGUGAUUGGGUCGGGCUCGCCGGAUUCUCUCCUGAGCUCGUGCCAGCGGCGAGUCCCCAACGACGACCAGCUCUCUCUCGCCGGACGCCACUUCCCAAGCGCACCGUCGUCCCCGACUGCCUCGAUGGGCCUUGCGCAUCAAGACCAGCUCUCGCUGGCCUCGUCGCCAUAUCCGGUCCUGAUGGUGCAGAAGAAUGUAUGUCUCAGGCCGUGUCGCGGCUUCUGCCAUCGUCAAGGAUUGUCGUGGAAAGUCAGAUCCGGUCCACCGCUCGACGGCCGGCCUCUCAAAUCUUCUCCUCUUCUGACUCCUGCAGAAAAUCCAGUCCACCGACGACGACCUGCUCCAGUGCCACCACUCCCCCGGCCUCGAUCUUCAUGAAAUCACCACAGCUUCUCGACAGCGUCCAUCGCCCCGGUGCUGGAGUAUUGCUACCCCGGAUCGCCUCGAAUGCAUACUACAGUCCUCCGGCCCGUCUUCCGGCCCUGCUCGAGUAA